CAAACAUUCAACAAUGGCUUCUUCUACCAUGCUUUCUUCAACAACUCUCAAACUCUGUUCCAACUUCAUUUGUUUUUCCCCUUCAAAACCCACUUUACCCAACAACAUUUUCCCAUUCACACCUCAUUUAAGGAGAAAUCCGUUAAAACUCAAUGCAUCUUUCAAUGAAAUAUCCGAUGAUUUAUUAGAAAACACACUUCAUUUGGACCAAUUCCCGAUUUUCAAAUCUGGGUAUGCUCAGUUUCAGCGAAUUACAGAGGAUUUACCGGAGACUGAAAAAUGGGGAGUUUUGGCUUUUGCUGGUUUUGUUUGGAUUUACUUAACUGCUAGGCCUGGUGUUCUGAUUGGUGCCAUUGAUUCAUAUAUUCUAGCUCCUGCACAGAAGGUGUUUGAUGGUUUGUCUGGGAGAAGGAGCUUGAAGAGGACGGAUUUCUUGAUUGGAGAUAAGUUGGGAGAAGGGUCAUUUGGAGUUGUUUAUUCAGGUGUGGUGAUUCCUAAGAAUGUUACAGUGGAGGAAAGUGCCAGGAUGACUGGGAGUAGGAGGAGGCAGCUUGAAAAGGAUCCAAGGUUUAAAGAAAAGGUCAUUCUUAAACAGGUAAAAGUUGGAGUUGAAGGUGCUAUAGAAUGUGGUGAUUUUGAAGAGUGGUUUAACUACAGAUUAUCUCGAGCAGCUCCUGAGACAUGCGCUGAAUUUCUUGGGAGUUUUGUUUCUGAUAAAACUAAUUCAAGAUUCACAAAGGGUGAGAAAUGGCUUAUAUGGAAAUUUGAGGGAGAUAGAGACCUUGGUGAUUACAUGAAAGAUCGUAUUUUCCCUUUGAACUUGGAGUCGCUCAUGUUUGGUCGUGUCUUACAAGGACUUGAAUCUAUAGAGCGAAAUGCAUUGAUAAUCAAACAGAUAAUGAGGCAAAUAAUUUCUUCGCUGAAGAAAAUACAUGACACUGGCAUUGUUCACCGGGAUGUAAAACCAGCCAACUUAGUGGUAACUAAAAAGGGACAGAUCAAACUUAUCGAUUUUGGUGCAGCCACGGACCUACGGAUUGGAAAGAACUAUGUGCCCAACCGGGGUCUUCUUGAUCCUGAUUAUUGCCCACCAGAACUCUAUGUGCUACCAGAAGAAACACCAUCUCCACCUCCAGAACCAGUUGCAGCUCUUCUUUCUCCAAUACUUUGGCAGCUAAACAGUCCUGAUCUGUUUGACAUGUAUUCUGCUGGGAUAGUGCUAAUGCAAAUGUCCAUUCCAACCUUAAGGUCUAGUGCAGGCUUAAAGAACUUCAAUCUUGAACUAAAAAAGGUGGAUUACGACUUGAAAAGGUGGAGGGAGAAAACCCGAUCUAGACCCGACAUAACUGUUCUUGAUCUGGAUUCAGGUAGAGGGUGGGACUUGGCCACAAAGCUUAUUUCAGAACGUGGUUCACUUCGUAGGGGUCGCCUAUCAGCUUCAGACGCUCUGAGGCAUCCAUAUUUCUUGUUGGGUGGUGAUCAAGCGGCUUCUGUUCUUUCAAAGCUCAGCUUAUCCAAAUAGAAAGUCAAAUCGGCAAGUAUACACACCAUAUAUCUUCGAUUAGCCAGGAGAUUGGUUCAUUGGAUUUCAUUCUAAAGAUGAGAUAUUCUUCUGUUAGCCUCUGAUUUCUGGUAAAUCUGCUGUAACUUCUUCGCUUCUGUAAAGCUUUCUUACAAGGUGCGUCAAUAAUACUUCUUGAAAACCUUCUCUGGAACUCCAAAAUCAGAAAAAGGUGGGAUCAUAAUUUAUAGCAGAAGCAUUAAUGCAAGAUAAUAUAAUCUCUCCCUAUUACGUUAAUGAAGUGCAAUGUUUUACAAACUAGCUGAAAAGCUAGUUGUUAAUC